AUGUAUCCUCUGCUGCUGCCAUUUGUGCUAGCAUAUGUGGCGUUUCUCGCGUUUCUUGUGCAAACCAAGCAUGAGAAGGUCGUGCUGCAUACUUGGACUUUCUACUUGCUGUCAAUUGGCACCGGGCUUGUCGUGCUGCGCUACUUUGAGCUGUAUCUUGUCGAUUUACCUCAAGUGCUGGCGUUUCGUGAGCAUCCAGAGUUUGUAACGGAGGGGCUCUUAUCUUGCUGA